GGAGCAAUUGAAUUUCAAACACAAACAACUGCAUGGGGCACCGACCCUUCUCCCGGGAGCCAACCUGCUGCUAGCACCACCUGGGCGCCGCUGGCUCCCGUCCCCCCCCACCCCCGCCCCCAGGCCGCUUGCUCUCCGGAGGGGUGGGGGAGAGCUGCCUGCCGGAUCGCUGGGUUUUGCCUCCAAACUUCACCCUCCUCCCCCCCCACACACACACCUAAGCCCCCACCCCCCACUUUCCAGCAGCCUGGCGCUCAAGGCGAAGAUGUCCCGGUCCAACAGGCAGAAGGAGUACAAAUGCGGGGACCUGGUGUUUGCUAAGAUGAAGGGCUACCCCCACUGGCCUGCUAGGAUCGACGAGAUGCCAGAAGCCGCCGUCAAAUCCUCCUCCAAUAAAUACCAAGUCUUCUUCUUCGGGACCCAUGAAACGGCGUUCCUGGGUCCCAAAGACCUCUUCCCCUACGAAGAGUGCAAGGAGAAGUUCGGGAAGCCCAACAAACGGAAAGGGUUCAGCGAAGGCUUGUGGGAGAUCGAGAACAACCCGACCGUCAAAGCCUCUGGGUAUCAGCCGACCCAGAAGAAGAGCUGCCCGGAGGACGCUGAACCUGAGCAGGAGCCGGAGGGCGACGGUGAGAAGAAGGGCAACGCGGAGGGCAGCAGUGACGAGGAGGGCAAGCUGGUGAUCGACGAGCAAACCAAGGAGAAGAACGAGAAGGCUGGGAUCAAGCGGAAAGCGGAAGAUGCCUUGGAGGACUCCCCUAAACGCGCCAAAGAGGCGGAGGGCCAGGAAGGGGAGAAGAAAGUAGAGAAUGAAGAAGGCCCCAAGGAGGGAGAGAAACAGAAGCCCAGCCCCGCCGAAGGGGAGAAAGAGAAGAACAGCGACCCCGCUGGAGUCCCGGACGCGAGAGAGGCCAAGCCAGAGGGGAAGGAGAAAGCCGCCGCGGAGGAAAUCAGAGAUCACAAGGAGAGUCUGUAGCUGGCCGGCUUUCCCACGCUGAGCUGAUCGUCUGGGCUGUUCCUUUCCCGCUGGGCUCCCUGGGUGCUAAACAGUUUCGUUCCUCAUCGGCUCGUCGCAUCUGCAAUUCGGGAAAAAAGAAAUAAAAAGAAACCAGUAACACGAACCAUCCCGUCUCUCCUCCCUCCCCCUCUCCCCUCCGCCCACCCGUAGCAGGGCGCAUGCUUGUAAUAGUGAUUUCUAGGGGGCGCUGAUCAGUUGAUUUGAAAUAAAAGCGAUUCAUGCCUUUUUAAAAUGUUUCCUAUCACUUCCUACGAAUUGCUUUCUCUUCGGUGGUGCUUUCGCGAGGGUUUAAAGUCAGGUGAUCUCCGGAAAGCCGGGGAGGAGAGGCAGAGUUGGCGUCUGUCUCUUUCAAGAAUUGCUGGAUAGAUUUGUUUUGUUUUUGAGGGGUUUCCUUGAUGUCCGGAACAUUUAGAUGAACUGGGCCUUCUUCUCAUUGACACUAAGGCCCCGGGAUGCUGCAUGAGCCGUGUUAAAAGGGCCUUAAAGUGCGCCCGAAGGACCCUUUCCAUGGCCCGAGCAAUGUCAGGGGGCUUUCGUGUAAAUGUGAAUCAUGGCCCAUUGGUCUGUUUCCAGUUCUGAAUCCCAGAAGAGCAAUGGCAGAGGGAGAUGCACCAAUCAGGUUUGGGAAUCUUGCUUUUGUGAGGAUGCACCAGAGAGAUCCCUGACCAAACUGCAUGCCCUGCUCCAUAAAUGGGAUUCACCAUUGGCUUCUUGCUCUGUUAAUGGGCACGAGUCCCUUUAAACAAGACAAGGGGCGUAAUGUCCCGCUUUGCCCCAGCUGCUGUCGUCCAUAGCCCCUGUCCGUCAGACAGUCUUAGAUAGGUCUCGUUCCUUGCAAGGUCUCCCCUCAAACUCGGUGGCGAGUGAUGCUCUGCUGUCGGUGCCCGCUUUCUCAAGGCAUCAUAAAACCCCAGCCUUGCUGCUGUCCUAGGCUGACUACAGGAAGUGCUAGCCAUGUGCACCUCUGUCUUACCAGGUCAUCUUUCAGCGGGUCGUUUAGCUGAGCUGGGACAGGAUGGGAUUGGAUGGCUCAGGGAUAGAGUUGGCUGAAUUUUUUUUUUUUUUUUUUAAUCCCUGUGGAAAAUUUAGAUUUUUUGGCAGGAAUUUCAAUACCAAAAAAAUGUGGCCAAAAACUGAAAAAAGUCAACUGGGAAAUGCCGUUGCAGAGGCUCAUGGGAGUUGUAGUUCAGGCCAGACUCCCUGGUCAGGGUACAUCUCCCAUGAUGCACCAGGGGGCUUUUCGCUUCUUAGAGCGAAGAAGCAGUUCAUCCUGGGAGCCCCUGGCCAUGGUGCAUCUUGGGAGAUUCCCACAAUGCAUUGUGGCAGCAUUUCCAAAUCAACAUCUAUCUGUUUUGGGGCAUUUGGUUGUUCAGCCCCAAAAAUAUAUAUAUUCAAAAUUUCUGCGGCAAAACAGAAAUUUUCCCCAAAAUAUUUCAUUUAGCCACAAACCCAGUUUUCCGUCAAAAACCAGUUUUGAUGGAAAAAACUUUCAGCUAGCCCCAGACAGGAGAUUAGUGGGAGGAUGUGAAGUUCUUUGUCCCUGGGGCCCCAUUUUGGAUCCAGUGCAGUGGAGGAUGGUUGCGCCGUUUCGUGGCCUUUGUGUGAUGAUUGACGGCUCUUGGACCAGGGGACAGGCGUGUCUGAAAACCGUCACCAUUCACCCCCAAAUUGCUGAGACUGCCAGAGAAGCCAAUGCCCAAAUGAGCCACUCUUCCCUCUGGGGAAACAUGGUAGAAUGACGUGUGUGGCCCAAGCUUAUGAAUUAAGAGGCCUAGGGCUGUCCCUCCAGUACCUUUCACCCAGCACUAAAUUCAUUUUCAAAAUUUCAAAGGCGGUGGUAAGGAUUGCUCUAUAUGCUAUAAGGAGAUGGACAAGUUUUAUCCGCCGUUUCCAUCCUGUCUGUGAUCCCAAGAAUCCGGACAGUCUGUCCCUGGUGUCAUUCUGUAGAUUUCAGGGGAAACUACAAGCAGAUCUGAACUCUUUUGACAACAGCUCACAAACCCUUGCCUCCAAAGUGUUCAGCUGAUCAGAAAUCCCUCGAUUCGCUGCACACUCUGCCCCCUCUUCCUAUUGGGGGAGGUAAUGAGUGAACCCACGAAAAUCCAUGAAGUGUGCACUCUGAUAUAGAGACCGCUCUUACUUUAUUUCAGUAGGGGUUUUUUUUAUUAUUGUUUUUAACUGAAUUGCUAAAGUGUUUUAACGCUUCUAGCAUCCACGUGGUGGUUUGGAAUUAGCAGAGACCUGUGAUCGCUGCUAGUCCUAGUUUGGUCUGAUCGGUGAUAUUGUGGCCAGUAGGGCUAGAUGGGCAGACAGAUUUCUGCAUGUUGCUGUGUUUUAUCUGGGUGUUUUCUUACACUGCUGACGGGCACAAGAUUUCCAGAAUUUAUGGGAGGGGGAAAUGAGGAAAAUGCUGACCACUUGCAUGCAAUUUUACCUGUAUUUCAAGCAGCUAUAGAGAAAAUAGUGGAGAAAAAGAAUUGGCGAUUUUUACCCCCCAAAACCCACCCCACCCAUUAGACAUCAGGGUGCAGUUAGUGACCGUCCUAGAACUCAGACACCUGGGUUCGCCAGUCUGCUUCAAUCUUUUAAAGGAAGCAAAGGAUACACCCAAAGAUUUGCUCAACGAGAUGAGGGCUUUGAUACCGCUGUCUGCCCACCCAUGUGAUGUUUCCGAAACUUUCGCGACCAGAGCUGGUCAAAAUUCCUGCUGGAGUUUUAAAAUUGUGACCCAAUUCUUGUGGGAAUGGUGACUUUUUGACACAAUUCUUGCUGGAAUUUUGAAACUUUGGCUGCCACUUUGACAAACAUUGAAAUGUUGACGACAUUUCUUUUUUAAAAAAUGGGGAAAAUUUUCUAUAGUUGAAAAAAUUCAAAAACAUUAAUUUUUUUGAGGCAAUAGAGGAAAAAAUGUCCCCUCCGUACUGGCCCUCCCACCCCCUACUCCCAGCUGUAUUCGUGACCGUCGCCUGGAAGGACAAAGAUAGAAAAACUUUGGAGGCUACAGAGCAGUGAUUCGCUGGCACUUUGCUGCUGACCGUUGUCCCGAGGCGGAACAAAGAUCUGGGUUGAAAGUAGUUUUCAUUCCGAAUCUAGUGGCUUGGCUUGGCGUGGCUAUGCAGCCACGGGGCCUGGGGUUGCGUGUAGAUCCUGCGUGGUCACAGCUCAGGAUGUCUCCUAGCAGGCCAAAGCAGGGUGGAUGUGGGUUACUUGAGUUCUGGAUUUUGGCUUUGCUCCUGCUGCAGGUUUUUCCGUUUGACAUGAAGGGGAACAGGAGCGGACUCUGCAUUGCCUCUAGACCAGUUUUUUGCCUGUCUAAUGGGCCUGGUUCUCCAGCGCCCCGCGUCCUGUGCAGUCGUUUACAUGGGUGCAAAAUGCUACCGAUGCCACCCGCUUGUUUGUCACGGGUGUCAAGGAUUGUCCCACGGGCAGGCCGGUGGAGAGCUGGGUACCAGGUGUUCAGCGCCCGGAUCUAGCAGGGCAGCGGCUGUUCCGCAGAGACAGCUGGAAGAUUUCCAAGCGCAGGGCCUCUGAUUUUGUGGGACUUUUUUAGGAAGUGCAUUUGAGCAUUCUGCUGGGCAACAGCAGGAGGUGGGCCGUUGUUAAGCAGAGUCUUUCUAGGACACAUCUGUGUGAGGAGGAGUCUCCCCUAAAGGAGAUCCCCUUUCUCCAAAAGCCCCACAUUCCAGCAGCUCCUGUUGGCCAAGGGGAACCCAUCAAUGAUGCCAUUUUGGGGGUGCUCCCUUUGCUAGAGGCUCUGUGCUCUGCCCCUCCAGGGCUCCCAGACCCACCAUCCCAGGAAGCGAGGGACAGGAAUGGGGGUGGCCACACCACAAGGAGCUGGGGGUGUGCUGCCUCCAUGGCGCUUCCAGCCCUCACCAGACAGUCUUAGUGCCCUCAGGGGCUCUGCCGGACUCCGAAAUGGGGUAGCCAGAGACCAAGUCUAGGGCUGACGCCUCAGAGAAAGACACUGGCUUGAUUCUUGGUUGCUCUUCCUGUGCUCAGAGCAUGGGGUGUGUUUGGGAUUGGGGGGGGAGUUGCUUUAGAGCUCCUUUAUGCUCUCUAGGCCCAAUUACCCUUCACCCAGCACCUUGUGUGCUUAGUUACACCAGUGGCUGUGAAUCAAUACCAAAGCAUACCGCAGAUUCUCAGAGAGCCAGUUCCACCUAUAUUAAGGCCCCGAACGGCCAACCUGCGCAUGUCUGAGAGUCAGAGCGCUAACCUCAGGGGCCGCCAGUUUGACCCCAGGGAAUGUGCCUAUAAAAUAACGGGAACUAGACCUCACGUGUGGUCCAAGUGGCAACCUGAGUCCAGGUCUCCAGGGGGAUGUAAGACACAUUCAUUCAGCGCCCGUUGUGGAAAUAUGCAUGGAAGGUUUGUUUGAUUUUCCCCCGCCUGGCCGCGGUCACGGAUCCGAAAGGAAAUUCAAAAAGGCUUCUGGGCAAUAUUUAUCAAAAUAUUUUUUAAAAAGGAAAAGAAAAAUAGGAUGACAUUUUUACCAAAAAAUAUAUAUAUACACAUAUUAAAAAAAGUUCUUAAAAACGAAACUACGAUGAGUAGCUGGAAAAGUCAUUGGUUUAGCGAAAUAUUUUUUUUUAUUUUUUUUUUUUUGGUUGUAGUCUGCCUUCUUUUUAAACUCGUGUUUCUCCCGGUCCCUGAGCCCAGGUGUCUCCUCUUUUUCUCUGUCUCGCUCUCCCGUCUUUCUCGCUAUGUGAUGUAAUCGUAGUCCGAUUUGGAAAAUAAAAGACAAACAACCCUGCCUUGGUUCUGUCUGAGGCUGUGAUGAACACUAUUGUUGAAUUUAGCUUUGGAAUAGUGCAGAGAAUAAAAAAAACACAGAAAAAUGUAGAUGAUUUCAGUUCUCUAGGACAAUAAAAAAUGUUGAUUAUUA